AUGUCGAGAAGUGACGACGAAGUCACCAAUAUGUAUGGUGAUCAAGACGAAGAAAACAGUUUGGUACAAAAUUCUGAUGAAGAAGGCGAGGAUAUUGGUUAUUCCCGUAAAGGAAACAUGAUUAAUGACGAUGAUGACGACGACGACGACGACGAUGAAGAAGAGGAAGACGAAGACGAAGAAGAGGCUAGAAAAAUUGCCGAAGGAUUCAUUGUGGACGACGAAGAAUCAGACGCGUCUGAACAAGUUGCUGUGCGUCGAAAGAAGAGAAAGAAGGUCGAAGACUACGAUGAUGACCUGGACGAAGAAGAUCUGGAACUAUUAGAAGAAAACACGGGUAUCAAAUUAAAUCGCUCAACAGGUCCUAAAUUAAAGCGUCUUAAACGUGGACGCGAAGAACAAUCAUACGAGAAAUCAAAAGGAACCGACAAUAUUUUUUCUGAUGAGGAAGACAACGUUGCUGAUGAAGCACAGGAAGCACAUGCUCCUAAUCGUCGUCAUGACGACUAUGCUCAAGAUUACGACGAUAGAGUAGGAUAUAGACACCGCGACACGUAUGAUGACAUGGGCGACUUUAUCGCUGAUGAAGAUGAAGAAGACGAUCUCAAUGAAGUAUUGGGUGAACGCAACCAAGCUCGAUAUGACGAAGAUCGUGGUAGACGUGGUAAGGCUAACAAGGACAUGAUGAAUAUCUUGCCUGCUGGUAUCAGUGAAGAUGUUCUUGUUGACAUGUACGACAUCUUUGGUGAUGGUGGUGAUUACGAAUGGGCUUUAUACGAUGAAGAAGAACAUGAUCUAACAAAAGAUCGUGAACCUCAGCUAGCAGACAUUUUCGAACCAAGUGAAUUAGCUGAACGUAUGAUGACAGAAGAAGAUGAAGAGAUUCGUUUACGUGAUGUGCCUGAACGUGUUCAAAUGCGCUAUGAAGGUCUAAACAAGAAUUUCGAGCCAGCAACAAAUGAGCAAGUACAAGAAGAAGGUGCUUGGAUUGCUCGUAUGAUGGCUCGUCACCGAGGCGAAGAACAACCCACAGAUCAGUUUACAUCGGCUGUUGCUUAUGUAGUCAGUUUCUUUACCCGGGAAUUUCUCGAAGUACCUCAUAUCAAAGACCACCGCCGUGAUUACUUUACCGAAGUCGACAGAGACACUGGCAUCAGCAAAGAAAUCUUGACUGAAAAGGAUCUUUGGGAAAUAUAUGACUUGGACUUCAAAUAUCAUAGUUUUAUUGAUCGUCGAAAUGCAUUAAGAGAGUUCAUUGCUAAAUGUCAAAUUGAAGAUGGCUAUGUUGAUACCAUGUUGGACCGUGUUGAAAAAGUAGAAGAAAUAUCCGAUUUGACAGACUACAUCAAUCUCAAAUUUGCGGAUAAGGUGAAUGCCAUGCAACAACAGACAAGAGGACCCAAGCGACCCACCAACAAAUCACUGUAUGAACUAAGCCAGCAAUCCAGGAUUCAUGAAUUCUUACCUCGGUUUGGUAUUUCAGCAAGAGAAUUCGGUACAAAUUAUAUGGAAACCUAUCAACGCUAUCAACCUGAAGAUCGCACAGCGGAUCCUUUUGUCGAAGCAGAUGAUUACACGGACUCUAAUUUCCCUGAUACCGUCAAGGUAUUAAAGGCAGUUCGAUCUGUCCUUGCUCAAGAAAUGGCGUUUGAUCCGCAAGUCAGAAAAGCCAUUCGUAAAGACUGGGAGCUCUUUGCUACAGUGACUGUGACCCCCACAGAAAAGGGCUAUACUGUGAUUGACGAAUUACACCCCAUGAAGCCAUUUAAAUACUUGACCGAGAAGCCUAUCACAGAAUUCAGAAAUGGUCAAUUCUUACACAUCUUAAAGGGCGAGUCUGACAAUUUGCUAAAUGUCACUAUUGGCAUUACUGAUUACCCUGCAUGGUUUAACCGUAUUGCUGAAUUCUAUAUCUCAGAUGGCUACAGUGAUACAGUCCAACAAUGGAAUGAUCAGCGUAAAGAGAUUAUUGAACAAUCCUUAAAAGAACACUUGAUACCUUUGAUGAACAAGUAUGUCCGUGAAAAACUUCGUGUUGAAGCACAAGAAUACAUUUGUCAAGAAUCCUACAAUAACCUUUACAAUAAGAUCAAUGUUGGACCUUUCCGUGGCCCUGAAUCUCAUUUCAAGAGUCCUAUGCCUCGUGUGGUCACUAUCUCUUCCGGUAAUGGUGGGCCUAAAGACGCUGUGGUGGCUGUGUUUGUGAACCAACGCGGUAAAGUACUAGACCAUCUUGAAGUACCCAACCUGAGAGACGAACGCCACUGGAAAGAAAUGGCUGAUUAUAUCAAGUCUAAAAAAGCCAAUGUACUUGGUAUCGCUGGCUACAAUGCAGAAACACGUCGUAUUAUCAAACAUAUGCAGACCAUGUUGGCUGAAAUCAACCAGUCUCAUGAGUACAAUAACCUCUCUAAAAUGGACAUGGUGGUAGUGGACGACGAAACUGCUCGUCUUUAUAAAAACUCAAAGCGUGCUCAAGAAGAAUUCAACGAACUCAGCGAAACUGCACGUUAUUGUAUCUCUCUUGCGCGUCGCCUCCAAAGCCCCGUAAUGGAAUACGUUGGCUUAGGCAAAGAUCUCUUGGCUAUUCGUCACCAUGAACUUCAACAUUUGAUUCCUGAAGACACAUUGUUGUUUUAUCUUGAGCGUGCUCUAAUUAGUGUUGUGAAUGAUCUAGGCUUUGAUAUCAAUGCAGCUAUCCAAAGCCCUUAUCUUGCCAAUGCACUUCAAUAUGUCUGUGGCUUUGGUCCUCGUAAAUCUGCCAGUAUCCUCAAAAAGAUUGAAGCCUCUGGUGAACUUGAAAGUCGUGCUGCUCUUGUGCUUAGAAAGCUAACACCUGCUAAUACAUUCAUGAACUGCGCUAGUUAUCUUCGUAUUCGCGAUAUUGAUGGUGCAGACAUCUUGGACGAUACACGUAUUCAUCCUCAAGACUAUGAAUUGGCACGUAAAAUGGCUGCAGAUGCACUUGAAAUUGAUGAAGAUGAAAUGGACGAUUAUGACUCUAAAGUAGCUGUUGUGACUCGAGUGAUCAAGGAAUAUCCUGAUAAAUUGAACGAUUUGAUCUUGGAUGAUUAUGCUGUUGUGUUGCGCAAACAAUACAAUGCUCCUAAGCGACAGAUUUUGGAACACAUCAAAUUGGAAUUGCAAGGCCCUUAUCAUGACCGUCGUCAUCGUUAUGCUCGUCCAACUACAGAAGAAGCAUUUGUCAUGGUCACUGGAGAAACCCGCAGUACGUUAAGUGAGGGCUUCAUUAUUCCAGCCAUGGUGGUUGCUAUUCGAGGCAAGAUUGCUAGCUGUGUAUUGGAUUCUGGACUGGAAGGCAUGAUUUACAUUGAUAAUGCUUCUGAUGACCGUAUUAUGAACAUUGGCGAUGCGUUACAAGUGGGACAAACUGUCAACUGCAAAGUGUUGCGUAUUGACCGUGACAAAUUCAUGGUUGAUUUGUCUUGUAAAGCUUCAGAUGUCAAACCAGGUUCUGACUACACUCUUCGCAAAUUGCCCGAAGAUCCUUAUUAUGACCAUGUAGAAGAAACAAAGGAAAAAGAACAGCGCCGCGCCAGUCGACGUAAACAAGCUCGUUCGACCCGUGUUAUUAAACAUCCUUUGUUUAGACCUUUCAACCAUGUAGAAGCAGAAGAGUAUCUCUCAACUCGUCAGCGUGGUGAUUUGGUGAUUCGUCCUUCUUCGCAUGGUCCUGACCAUAUUGCCAUCACUUGGAAAGUAGACGACAAUGUGUAUCAACAUGUAGAUGUAGUAGAAGUCAAGAACAAGAAUGAUGUCCAUGGUCCUACUCGUCUCAAGAUUGGUGAUCAAACAUUUGAAGACUUGGAUGAAUUGAUUGUGACUUAUAUUGAAGCAGUGGCUCGUAAAGUAGAGGAAUUGAUGGCACAUCCCAAAUAUCGUCCUGGUGGUACACAAGCCCUGAAUGAACAUUUGACAGCCUUGACACAAGCAAACCCUAAAAUGUCAGCUUAUGGGUUCUGUCAGAGUGAAAAACCAGGUUAUUUUGACUUGGGAUUCAAACUGAGUGUUCGUGGUCCUCCUAUGCGUUGGGUUGUUCGUGUUUUGCCUAAUGGCUAUCGUUUAAAAGAUGUUUCAUACCCUCAAGUGGACGACUUGAUUAAUGGUUUCAAGCACAUUCAGCAUGCAGAAGCACAGCGUCAUAAAAAGAGAAGCAUGAAUAGAUAUUAA